AUGUCCCAGCUUUAUUCCUUCAAGGCUGUAGAAGAUUCCUUUCAGCAACCAAAAUACACUUCCAGAGACUGUGUCACUUUCAUGUCCCAGUCUUUAUUCCUUCAAGGCUGUAGAAGAUUCCUUUCAGCAACCAAAUGGUGCUUCGAACGACUUCAUGUCCCAGCUUUAUUCCUUCAAGGCUGUAGAAAGAUUCCUUUCAACGAAAUAGUAAUACUUCAUUCUGUCCCAGCUUUAUUCCUUCAAGGCUGUAGAAGCUUCCAGGAACGACUUCAUGUUUUAUUCCUUCAAGGCAACCUUUCAAACCAAUGCUUCAGAGACGACUUCAUGUCCCAGCUUUAUUCCUUCAAGGCUGUAGAAGAUUCCUUUCAGCAAAUGGUAAUGCCAAACUUCAUGUCCAUUUAUUGCUUCAUGCUUUCAGAGACGACGACUUCAUGUCCCAGCUUUAUUCCUUCAGGCUGUAGAAAUUCAAGGCAAAUAAUAAUGCUUUAG